AUGGCAAUAAAUAGUAUGAUUACAAAACGAGAACUCUUUGAAUUCAAAAAAAAGCAGUUAUUCAUUCAACCGUUAGACAAAUUUAUUCCCAUCGACAACAACAUGUCCCAACAACGACCAUUGGUUAAAGUCAUUAAGAAAAUUAUCGGAAAGGAACAAUCGGAAGGAGUUGGAGUUCGAGUCAUUCGAACCCUUGGAAGUGGACAAGUUUCCUAUCAUGAUCCCUUCUUGUUAUUGGACGAAGCAAAACUUUCCAAGCCAGCUGGCUUUCCCAGUCAUCCUCAUCGAGGUUUUGAAACAGUCAGCUACUUGCUACAAGGUUCUAUGCGACAUGAAGACAAUCAGGGAAAUGUCGGUAUGCUUGGCACGGGAGACGUGCAAUGGAUGACUGCUGGAAGAGGCGUCAUUCAUAGUGAAAUGCCAGCUGGAGAGGGAAUCAUGCAUGGCAUACAGCUUUGGGUCAAUCUUAAAGCGAAAGAUAAAAUGGUGGACCCGCACUAUCAAGAUUUGAGAGCGAGCGAAAUUCCAAAAAAGCAAUUGGAUGAAUUUACAACUUUAUCCGUCAUUGGAGGAAAGCGUUCGUCGAACGUGGAGUUGGAAAGUCCACUGAAACUUUUAACAACAGUGUUAUAUUUUCAUGUCAAGAUUGCAAAGAACGGUCACGCCUAUAGAGAAAUUAUUCCGAAAGGAUAUCAAGGAUUGGUAUAUGUGAUUGAGGGUUCUGGAAAAAUAAUACAAGAAAACAAUGCGAGUGAAAAUGCUCCUGAAAAAUCUGCCUUAUUGUUUAAGGAGACGACCGAGGAUCAAACUCUCGAAUUUGAGACCGCAUCGGAUGUCACACAGUUUCUAGUCAUUGCUGGUGAACCAAUGAAAGAACCUAUGGCUCGAUAUGGACCAUUUGUCAUGAACACUCAAGAAGAAAUUUACCAAGCUUUUGACGACUAUGAAUCUGGAAAGUUUCAAUAA